AUGCCUACGCCAAGAAGUGAAACUAGGUUUGGCGGUUUCGACGAAGAUCCUUUCGACAAUGCACCUUCAAUCUUUGGCUUUCGACCAGGCAAUCUCGGUGGAGGGUUUCUCAACCCCAAUAGAGGGUUUUCUGAGAAUUAUCGUUGCUAUCCCAUUGCUAUGAUGGCCAACGGUCACGACAGAGAGAACGUUAAUUAUGGCGGAAAAAUUAUCUUACCACAGUCAGCACUUGAGAAACUUUCACAAUUGAAUAUAUCAUUUCCAAUGCUAUUCAGAUUGAGGAAUGGAGCACAGCAGAAGUUUAGUCAUGCAGGCGUUCUCGAGUUUAUAGCAGAGGAAGGAAGAGUCUAUUUACCUCAAUGGAUGAUGGAAACUCUAGGCACAGAACCUGGAAAUAUUAUUGAAGUAAAGAAUGUCACUCUACCGCUAGGAUCAUUUGUCAAAAUUCAACCACAAUCAACUGACUUUCUGGAUAUCAGCGAUCAUCGAGCAGUACUUGAAAAAGCUCUGCGCAAUUUCUCAACAUUAACAGUGGGAGACAUCGUUCAAAUCAACUAUAACAAUAAUGUGUAUGAGAUCAAAGUGCUCGAAGUCAAGCCACAUUCACAGGAACAUUCUGGUAUAUCUAUUGUCGAAACAGAUCUAAGUGUCGAUUUUGCACCACCUGUAGGGUAUGUCGAACCUACCGCUCAACCAAAGGCUAUGUCAACUAUUAAAAGUAAAAUGAAUAUUGAUGCACCUAGCCCUGCCAAAACAGAGUUUGCAGCAUUUGAAGGAGGUGGACAAACGUUAAGAGGAAAGUCAAAUGCUAAAACAUCAACCAAUACCGCCAAUAAACAGAAUAGCAGCAACAGCAAAGACGAAAGUUUGAAGGAAGGAGAAGGGUUUGAAGAAGAUGAAGCGCCUUUCAAUUUGCCAUUUGGUACACUUUAUUUCGGCUACAAGGUCGUUCCUCCACCAUCAGCGAAUGAUGCGGACAAAGAAAACGAGAAGAAUAAGAAUGUUUUUAUAGGAAGCGGCCAGACAUUAAGGAAGAGCAAAAAGAAAUAA